GCGGCAUCGGCCACAAUAUCACAUUCAUUGAACUCUUUCUAUAAGCCAGGUACCGCAAUAGGUGCUUGCAUAUGUUGUGUAUGUCUUUCAAUAAAUCUACAAUGGACUAGUCCGACUUUCUUCCCAGAUCACAAAUGAAAAGACAGGACUUGAUCAUGAAUAAAAAUGUAAGUUACUUUGGACUAACAAACUUGUAUUUGACAUUAAUGCCCACAAGUAGUAAACAGGAUAUAGAUAUAAAUACAGGAAACUGGAGAACGGUGAAGAUAAAAACGAAAUUAUUGUAAUAGAUGAAUAUGCCUCAGAUGCUGAGUAUAUGAUAGCAAAAAAAAAAAAAUUGUUUGUUUUCCUUCUAAACUCUCACAGCAAACGCAGUAUUCUACGCGGGCACCAGAUGGGGGGUUUUUCCCAUGCCAAGCAUUCUUCUACAGCAUUCCUCUAUCAUCGUCUUUCUCAGUUUCCCCAUUCUGUCUUUCCCGACCCCGCGUCCACAUGUUACCUAUUGGGCUUUAAAUCACCGGUUCCCAUCUCCGCCCCUCGCGUUCCACAGAAAAACAGUUUACUUACUAACUCAUGGAAUUUUUAUGGAGAACGGAUUCGGGAACGACCCGAGAGAUGAUACACGCAGCAGUAAAAGCGUGCAGAACGCGGCGCGCCAGAAUUCCGUGACCUUUGCGCCACCACCUCAAGGCCGCCAUGUGGUCCGUGACCCGGAAGUCCUCGGGUGUUUAGGUUGGCCACUAGUCUCCUCCCACCAAAGUGGACUCGUUCUGACCAGUACGCUGCAGAACAAGCAGCCUUCACCGGUUCAUUCAAUGUUCCUCGCAUGAUGUAGUUUGAAGCUUUUCCUCCAUCCUGUCUCCUCUCUUCUGGACAUAGUCCAGUUUAUCAUUGUUCCUCCAAAAUGAAAGUGUCUUCACCUCAAGAUACCUAUAGUGAAUGGCUAUUGUGUUGCUUGUAGAGGUGUCAAGAUCAUUUCCAACUACUUUCUGAAGCCUGGUUCCUGGAGACACACUUGACUUUCGAGGUAUCUUCACUGAGAUGAAUUUAAAAUUGAAGAGGGAAGAAAUAGUUGUCUUACUGAGUGAAGAACACCAAUCAUCCACAUUUGCCAGUGCCUAGCAAAGGUUUCUUCAUUCUCCACUUAGCAAGGUGAUGGAAGAUCUGGAGGAAACAUUCUUUGAAGAAUUUGACAACUAUUCCUAUGCCCUGGAAUAUUACACCCCGGAGUCUGAAUUGGAGGAGAAGACCCACCUGGGAGCUGCUCACUGGGUCUCCUUGGUGUUAUAUUGUAUAGCGUUUGUCCUGGGAAUUCCAGGAAAUGCCACUGUCAUUUGGUUCACGGGAUUCAAGUGGAAAAAGACAGUCACCACUCUCUGGUUCCUCAAUCUGGCCGUUGCGGAUUUCAUUUUUGUUCUCUUCCUGCCCCUGUACAUCUCCUAUGUGGCCAUGAAUUUCCACUGGCCCUUUGGCAUCUGGUUGUGCAAGGCUAAUUCCUUCAUUGCCCAGUUGAACAUGUUUGCCAGUGUUUUCUUCCUGACAGUGAUCAGCCUGGACCGCUAUAUCCACUUGAUCCAUCCUGUUAUGUCUCAUCGGCACCGAACCCUCAAAAACUCCCUGGUUGUUAUCAUAUUUGUGUGGCUUUUGGCUUCUCUAAUUGGUGGUCCUGCCCUAUACUUCCGGGAUACUCUAGAGUUCAAUAACCACACCCUUUGCUUUAACAAUUUUCAUGAGCAUGAUCCUGACCUCACUAAGAUGAGGCACCACGUUCUGACCUGGGUGAAAUUUAUUGUCGGGUACCUGUUCCCUUUGCUAACAAUGAGUGUUUGCUACUUGUGCCUCAUCUUCAAGGUGAAGAAACGAAGCAUCCUGAUCUCCAGUAGGCAUUUCUGGACCAUCCUGGCUGUGGUUGUGGCCUUUUUGAUUUGCUGGACUCCUUAUCAUCUGUUUAGCAUUUGGGAGCUCACCAUUCACCACAACAGCUAUUUCCACGAGGUGCUGCAAGCUGGAAUCCCCCUCUCUACAGGUUUGGCAUUCCUCAAUAGUUGUUUGAACCCCAUCCUUUACGUCCUCAUUAGUAAGAAGUUCCAAGUUUGCUUCCAGGCCUCAGUUGCUGAGAUACUAAAGCAUACAUUGUGGGAAGUCAGCUGUUCUGGCACAGUGAGUGAACAACUCAGAAACUCUGAAACCAAGAAUCUAUGUCUCUUGGAAACAGCCCAGUAAGUUAUGACUUUUCCACAAAUCAGUAUAAGGCUUUUUGUGUGGGUCCCUUGACAGAUGCUUUCACAUUAUAUUUGGUUCCAAGAUACAGAACUGACCAUAUAUUUGUUGUUUUUGGUCAGUUUAAUGGCAUCACAUUUAUAUGUCAACAUAAAACUUAGGCAGGAUCUGUGUAUUUUUUUUUCCUGCAACUUAAGUGAUUUGUGUCUCUUGCUAAUUGUACCACAGUGAAUUAAAUCUCCACUGUUGAAGUUUUAUGUUACUUUUAAAAUCUUAAUAACUUUUAAAAGUCCUAAAUCUUAACACUAAAUGAUUAACUAGCUUCAAAAAUGUUAAAUCUGUUUAAUUUUGCACAAGUAACCUAUUAGACAUUCUUAAAAUGCUAUAUACUUCUUUCUGUAAUAAUCUAUGUAUAUACACAUUUAUGAAUAGUUGUAGAAGUUUGAAACAGUUUGUUCCAGUUAACUAUUGAUGCUUAAUAAACUACCCCCAAACCUA